AACUUCCCCGGCGUCCGUUUCGUGCAUUCGUCUUCCGGCAGGCUCAGGCCCUCGUUCCCUGGCCACACUUCACGAUACUACGCUCCCUCGCCGCGCCCCGCCCUGCCAUGGCUUCCAUGGCCGCGCAAGAGGCCAUCGCACGUCCGUCAACAAACCGCUCGCUGUCCUUCGUUGACCUGCCGCGAGAGGUGCAGGAGGAGAUCGUCAGGCAUUGCUCGGCACGCGACCUGGUCUGCGUCGCCCUGGUGUCGAAGCACUUCCGCGACCUCGCUGCCGCCCAGCUCUACCGCGAGUUCGUCAUCGUCUUCCCGGACGAGGACAACCCGCAGUUCAACACCCCCGUCGACGCUCUCGCCGGCGGCUUCGACACCUUCGUCACCAGCGACUACAACUAUGCCCAGUACCUCAGGAACCUGUGUUUCGACACCCUCUACAUGGGCGAUAAGGCCGAGGUUGCCUACUGCCCUUACCUGGCCAACCUGAGCUGCGGCAAGUUUAUGAACACGCUGCUCCUCCUGACCUUGCGCAAGGCCAGAGCCCUCGAGUCCUUCAAGUGGAACAUCCGGGUCGAGCUGAGCCGCCCCGUCUACAACCAGCUGCACCAAAUCGAGGCUCUCUCGCACGUCCACAUACGGAUGCAGUCGGGCCCCUCGCAGUAUGAGAUCCCCCCGCCGCUUCCCUACAGUCCCGCUCACACCCACUCCCCGCCGGUGCCCGCCCACGCCGCGCCCGUUGCCUCCAUCCCCCCGUCGACCGCGUUCGGCCUGAUCCCACCGCCCCCUACCCAGGGCUUUUACCUUCCCACCUCGACCGUCUCUCUGCCGCCUGUCUCCCUACCGCCUCUCCCUAAGGCGGGCCGUCUCAAAGCGUCAAAGAGAACCCCCGUAACUAAAGAGCCGCCGACGUUGUCGGGUUUCAAGCGGCUCAAAAGCCUUGCGGUCCUCGACAUCGAGAGUCUCGACAUUGUGCCCGAGCUCCAAUCGUGCAUACGGAACUCGGCCGGGACUCUCUCGAAACUCAAGCUCUCUCUCUCGGAGAAACUUGCUUCGACAGCCCGGAAGCCGUCCGUCGAUCCUGAUCUCGAGGACUCGGAUCAGGAUGACGAACUUCUGCCCAUCCCAGCGGCCUCCCAGUCGCACGCGCAAAACGAUGAGAUGAGCGGGCCCGCCAGGGCUUUUCGAGCGCAAGAGGAGAGGAAAGCGCAGGAGUCGGUAUUGGGUAGGAUAUUCGACGUCGAGCCCACCCAGGCCGAGAGGACGCACGUAGUCACGACCGAGAAGAAGAAGGAGACGGGUAAGGCCAAGUCCGAACAGGAUGUCGUUGACUUCAUGAAGACGGUUGCCACCAAGCUCAUGGGGGAGCUUAACGGCACCCGCGAUUUCGCCGCUCCGCAGGAAGUUCUGGACAUGAUUGGCCUCGCCGCCCAGAAGUACAUGGACGAGGCGAAGUCGCGCAAAGAGAGGGAGGGCCAAAAAGCGGAAUCAUCGGGCGCCUCCUCAUCUUCAGCUGCUCCUGGCAGUAAGGGCUCGCAAGAGGGCACCGAUGAGACACUGGCCGAGUUAAGCGACUCUGCCGUGAGUCUUUUCAGGGAAUCCUCGACAUCCAACAAGGCAAAGGAGGACCAAGGAGACGCGAACCCCGACGACAUCAACAUUGAAGAGCCCGAGGAGCAGCUCGCCAUCGACCCCGAAGAUCCGCCGUCAAGCGAAGGCGCCAUAAACGAGCCCAUAAGCCCUUCGCCGGAGGACCCCGCGUGCACGACAGCGCCUCUCGCCAACGCCAAAGCGGAAUAUGGUAAGGCCCUAGCCACUUUGGAGGCGCAAAAGGCAAAGUACAAGGCCUUGGCCGGGGAGUUGGAGGAGUUCGAAUCCCAAGCCCACGCGCUGGCCAGGGAUAUCCGGCGCUGGCGGGCCGCGAAUGCGUCCGUCGACUCUCAGAGCCUUGCUGAAGCCGAGUCCCGGCUGGCGAGCUUCACGCGCAGCGUCCGGGACAUGCAGAAGGAGAUCGGCGCCUGCGAGGCGGCGAUAGAGUACGCCGAGACGGUGCCGACAGACCGCAGAGACCUGGCCCGGGACCAGGCUCGCGCCCGCCACAUGCAGGACUACCUGCGGGAUACGAGGGGCAUUGCUCUUGAAUCUCUCAGCAUCUACCUCAUCCCGGUCAAGGCAUCCGUCUUGUCCAGAGCGGUGGACCUCCGCGUGCUCCGCCGCCUCACCCUGCUCAACGUCGGCAUACAAGCGCCCAUCUGGGCCCUGCUGCACCGCGAGAACAAGGAGUCGCCCUUGCCGCUGCGCAAGAUCUUCACCGACAACGUGUCCAAAGUUUUCCUCGACUUUGUUUCCUCGCUCCAGGAGGUGCACGAGCUCUUCAUGUUGGAGAGGGAAACCAAGGCGCGGCCCGAGAGCUUUGCACCCCGCACCCAGACCACGAUAGACCAGAUCCGCAAGCUGGCCCUCAAAAAGCAUCUGCCCACCCUACGCCGCCUCAUGAUCAAGAACCUCGCCGACACGUCCUGGGACGUCGAUAAGAAGGCCGUCCUGGCGCUGUGCCGCUUCGGCAGGAAGCUCGAAGAGCUGGCCUGCAACAUGAGCAUCGGAGCCAUGCACUGCCUCAUGCAGCACGUGGCGGGCCUCGCCUCGCUCCGCGCGCUGCACGUCGUGCACCUGCGCAACGACGACACGUGCCUCUCGGUCAUGCGCGAGACCAAGCGCUUCCUGAUCGACAACGUGUCGCACUACCCGGACCUGAAGCUCAGGUGGAUCGCCAUCGACGAGGACGACCGCGCCGACGAGCUCGUCCGCGUCGCCGACUGGCCGCGCAGGGGCAAGAAGAAGACCGGCCGCGACGGCAAGAAGGGCAAGGGCAAGCAGAAGGCCACGUCUUCUUUUUCGUCGUCCUCAUCUUCCUCAACCACCUCUGCCUCUACUUCGUCUCCCGCGGGGGGAAUGAACCUGGGCUCGCUGAACCUGAACCUGGGCUCCACGUCGGCAGAGGACGUGGACGUGUCCGCGCUGAUCGCCGCCGCCUGGCUGGGGCCGGGCGGCGAGGACGGCGGGGCGGCGCUGGGCGGAGGCGCGAGCAGCGAGAGCGACGAGGAGAACGAGGACGACGGGCCCGAUGGGUCGCUCGGACAGAAGAUCGACACGGUCGAGGCUAUCCCGUUCUACGAGGUCCCGGAUGUCCGGAUCUUCAAGAAGGAGAUUGUCGCCGGCCGUCUCUGAUUCUUCGGCUCUCCUGCCCUUCUUGAUAACCUUCCGAGGAAGCCGACUGGGUUGUUGACGCACCCCAACCCCUCUUCUCUCUGUCUCUCUCAGGAAAAGGUACUUGGCUACUUGCUUUUGGGUACAGUACCUAAACUGCUGAGGAUGGAGCCCUGCGUGGGGGAGUCGGGAUAAGGUGCGGAAUCUCGGAAUGAACGGAGCA